CCCCCAGCUUCCACCUACCAGCUCUCAUGGCAGGGGCGCGCCGUUGUGGGCUGCGGAUCCGACGGCUUGUGCCGACGACUCGGGUGGCGGAGCCACGGGCGCUCCCAUCUCCGGGGGCGGCUCCCCUCCCCGAGAUCGACCCCAACUCACCGGAGGCUCAGCGGGAGAUGUGGCGGGUGGUGCGGGAGCGGUUCCCCAAUCGGGAGGCGUGGGGGGACAUUCACCUCGACAUCCUUCGCUAUGCGAACUUCACCGAGCACGCGCGCUUCAUCGGCGACGACGGCUGCAUGGAUGUGGAGCUCCUCUUCUGGGCGAUUCAGGAAGCCGAGUCGCCAGAUCCUGCACAAGCGGCGAAGUGGGCGUUCUUCAAGACGGCGAAUCCUUCUCGACUCAACAUCAGGCCGCCGUCGGUGGAGGGGAUUGCCAGCAUUCCGCCGGAAUUCCUCCCCCCGGGGGUGGAGCUGCCCCGCCGUCGCCAGUAAGAGAUCCGACGCCUCGCCUGUCCCAACACCGCGCCAUCGAUCCCCCUCCCUGGCCUGGUGAGGGAGGGGAAAAGAUGGCGAGAUAUACGCUGUGUACUGGGGCAGGUGGCGACAACAAUCAGGCAGUGGAAAAUCCUAUCUUCAGAGGCCCAGGGUGCUCUACUUCUCCGGUGCUGGGGCAGGUGGCGACAACAAUGGUGUGCUGGGGCAGGUGGCGACAACAAUGUAAUGAGUGACUUAUCACCUUCAGUGGCUGUAAGAAUGACGCUUCUAUGGAGAGAUGUAAUAGGGAUGUAGCUUAAAACCCUGGUGUUUGUUCUGUGGCAGCUACUUUUGGUUGUCGCCGAGAGCUAUUCAACAGUCUAGUUCUGUCGUUGCCUUGGCUUAAUAAAAAGUUGGGGCGGGGGGCGACCCCUUUCUUUCAAAAAAAAGAAAGAAAAAAAAUCA